AACAGUACUAAUUAUACCAAUCAUAAUUACCCCCACAAAUAUCUACACGAACAAAAACUACCCCCUCCACGUAAAAAACAUAGUUGCAUUAGCCUUUAUAAUCAGCAUAGUCCCCACAAUAAUAUUUAUUUACUCAAACAAAGAAGCUACCAUCUUCAACUGACACUGAAUAACAAUCCAAACAAUAAAACUAACAAUAAGCUUCAAAAUAGACUACUUCUCCAUAACAUUCAUACCAGUAGCCCUAUUUGUAACAUGAUCCAUCAUAGAAUUUUCCCUCUGAUAUAUAAAAUCAGACCCCUACAUCAACCGAUUCUUCAAAUACCUACUAAUCUUUCUAAUCACAAUAAUAAUCCUAGUAUCAUCCAACAACAUGUUCCAACUUUUCAUCGGAUGAGAAGGCGUAGGCAUUAUAUCUUUUCUCCUAAUUGGCUGAUGAUACGGACGGACAGACGCAAACACAGCAGCCAUACAAGCUGUCCUAUACAACCGCAUCGGAGACAUCGGACUCAUCAUAUCAAUAACAUGAUUCCUCACAAACCUAAACUCAUGAGACCUCCAACAAAUCUUCAUACUAAACCCCGAAAAUACAAACAUCCCUCUAAUGGGCCUACUACUAGCAGCCACCGGAAAAUCUGCACAAUUUGGACUACACCCCUGACUCCCGCCAUAGAAGGGCCAACCCCAGUCUCAGCCCUACUCCACUCCAGCACAAUAGUAGUUGCCGGAGUGUUCCUACUAAUCCGAUUUCACCCCUUGAUAGAAAACAAUAAAACAAUUCAAACAGCAACCCUAUGCUUAGGAGCUAUUACAACCCUAUUCACAGCUAUCUGCGCUCUCUCUCAAAACGAUAUCAAAAAGAUCGUAGCCUUCUCAACCUCAAGCCAACUUGGCCUUAUAAUAGUUACUAUCGGCAUCAACCAACCCCACCUAGCCUUCAUGCACAUCUGCACUCACGCCUUCUUCAAAGCUAUACUCUUCAUAUGCUCCGGAUCCAUCAUCCACAGUCUAAACAAUGAACAAGACAUCCGUAAAAUAGGAGGACUAUUCCACAUUCUACCCAUCACCACCUCCGCCCUCAUCAUCGGCAGUCUCGCCUUAACAGGAACUCCUUUCCUAACAGGCUUCUACUCCAAAGACCUAAUUAUCGAAACCGCUAAUAUAUCCUACACAAACGCCUGAGCCUUAAUUACUACAUUACUAGCCACCUCCCUAACAGCUGCCUACAGUACACGAAUCAUCUUUUUCACACUACUAGGACAACCUCGAUUCAACACCCUCACCAACAUCAACGAAAAUAACCCCCUACUAAUUAACCCAAUCAAACGCCUAAUACUAGGAAGUAUCUUCGCUGGUUUCCUAUUAUUCAACAACAUCCCCCCAACAUCCACACCCCAAACAACCAUACCACACUACCUAAAAUACACCGCCCUAACCAUCACAAUCCUAGGCUUCACAUUAGCCCUAGAACUAUGCAAUUUAUCCACAAACCUACGCCAUAAAAAUCCCUCAAAUGCUUUCAAAUUCUCAAACCUACUAGGCUACUUUCCUACCAUUAUACAUCGUUCCUGACCACUAUGAACACUAACAGCCAGCCAAAAACUAGCAUCACUUAUCCUAGACCUAACCUGACUAGAAAACAUUUUACCAAAGUCAACCACACACUUCCACAUAAAAGCCUCUCUAAUAACAUCCAACCAAAAAGGCCUAAUCAAACUCUACUUCUUGUCAUUUGCAACAACAAUUGCCCUAAUCCUCAUACUACUCUAUUACCCCGAGUAAUCUCUAUAACAAUAACAACACAAAUAAACAAGGACCACCCAGUCACAACCACAAACCAAACACCAUAACUAUAAAGAGCAGCAAUACCCGCAACUUCUUCACUAAAAAACUCAGACCCCCCAACAUCAUACGCCGCUCAAUCACCCUGAUUACUAAAAUCAAAAACAACACUUAACCCCUCACCCUUCAACAUAUAUAAAACUAGAACCAACUCCAUUACCACACCAAAAACAAAAGCACCAAACACAACCACAUUAGAUGCCCAAACCUCAGGAUACUCUUCAAUAGCCAUAGCCGCUGUAUAACCAAAAACAACCAACAUCCCCCCAAGAUAAAUCAAGAAUACCAUCAAACCUAAAAAAGACCCACCAAAAUUAACUACAAUCCCACAACCAACCCCACCAGCUACAACCAAACUAAACCCUCUGUAAAUCGGAGAAGGUUUUGAAGAAAACCCUAAAAAACUGAUCACAAAUAUAACACUUAAAAUAAACACAAUAUAUGUCAUUAUUCCCACAUGGACUCAAACCAUGACCUAUGACAUGAAAAAUCAUCGUUGUAAUUAAACUACAGAAACCUAAUGACAAACAUUCGAAAAACACACCCCCUACUCAAAAUCGUAAAUGACUCCUUUAUUGAUCUACCUACUCCCUCUAACAUCUCAGCAUGAUGAAACUUCGGAUCCCUACUAGGGGCUUGCCUAAUCCUACAAAUCCUCACAGGCCUAUUCUUAGCCAUACACUACACAGCAGACACAUCCACCGCAUUCUCAUCAGUUACCCACAUCUGUCGAGAUGUUAACUAUGGAUGAAUCAUCCGAUACAUACACGCUAACGGAGCCUCCAUAUUCUUCAUCUGC